GCGGCAGCGGCAGUAAUAGCAGGAGCAGCCACAGAAGGCGUCGGAGCGGGCGUCGGAGCUGCCCACUAGGGGGGAGACAGAGAGAAAGAGAGAGAGGGAGAGAGAGAGAGAGAGGAGCGAAAAAGAGGGCAAGCGAGGAGAGGGAGCCCGAGGCGGAAAAGUAACUGUCAAAUGCGCGGCUCCUUUAACCGGAGCGCUCAGUCCGGCUCGGAGAGUCAUGGCGACCGCAGCGUCUAACCACUACAGCCUGCUCACCUCCAGCGCCUCCAUCGUGCACGCCGAGCCGCCAGGCGGCAUGCAGCAGGGUGCGGGGGGCUACCGCGAGGCGCAGAGCCUGGUGCAGGGAGACUACGGCGCGCUGCAGAGCAACGGGCACCCGCUCAGCCACGCUCACCAGUGGAUCACCGCGCUGUCCCACGGCGGCGGCGGCGGGGGCGGCGGCGGGGGGGGCGGGGGCGGCGGCGGGGGCGGCGGCGACGGCUCCCCGUGGUCCACCAGCCCCCUGGGCCAGCCGGACAUCAAGCCCUCGGUGGUGGUGCAGCAGGGCGGCCGCGGCGACGAGCUGCACGGGCCGGGCGCGUUGCAGCCGCAGCACCAGCAGCAGCAGCAACAGCAGCAGCAGCAGCAGCAGCAGCAGCAACAGCAGCAGCAGCAACAGCAGCAGCCGCGGCCGCCGCAUCUGGUGCACCACGCCGCCAACCACCACCCCGGGCCCGGGGCAUGGCGGAGCGCGGCCGCCGCGGCGCACCUCCCGCCCUCCAUGGGAGCGUCCAACGGCGGCUUGCUCUACUCGCAGCCCAGCUUCACCGUGAACGGCAUGCUGGGCGCCGGCGGGCAGCCGGCCGGGCUGCACCACCACGGCCUGCGGGACGCGCACGACGAGCCGCACCACGCAGACCACCACCCGCACCCUCACUCGCACCCGCACCAGCAGCCGCCGCCGCCGCCACCCCCGCAGGGCGCCCCGGGCCACCCGGGCGCGCACCACGACCCGCACUCGGACGAGGACACGCCGACCUCUGAUGACCUGGAGCAGUUCGCCAAGCAGUUCAAGCAGAGGCGGAUCAAACUGGGAUUUACCCAAGCAGACGUGGGGCUGGCGCUGGGCACCCUGUACGGCAACGUGUUCUCGCAGACCACCAUCUGCAGGUUUGAGGCCCUGCAGCUGAGCUUCAAGAACAUGUGCAAGCUGAAGCCUUUGUUGAACAAGUGGUUGGAGGAGGCGGACUCGUCCUCGGGCAGCCCCACCAGCAUAGACAAGAUCGCAGCGCAGGGGCGCAAGCGGAAAAAGCGGACCUCCAUCGAGGUGAGCGUCAAGGGGGCUCUGGAGAGUCAUUUCCUCAAAUGCCCCAAGCCCUCGGCCCAGGAGAUCACCUCCCUCGCGGACAGCUUACAGCUGGAGAAGGAGGUGGUGAGAGUUUGGUUUUGUAACAGGAGACAGAAAGAGAAAAGAAUGACCCCUCCCGGAGGGACUCUGCCGGGCGCCGAGGAUGUGUACGGGGGGAGUAGGGACACGCCACCACACCACGGGGUGCAGACGCCCGUCCAGUGAACUCGAGCGGGGGAGGGGCGGAGCGCAGGGCUCUCCCUCCCCGCUGGCUCCCAGUCCUUGGCUGGACCCCUGUUCCCUCUCUAACUUCUGAUUGUUCUUUUAUUUUUAAUUAUUUCCCCGUCCCGUAAGAAGAAAAAAAUAAGGAAAAAGGAAAGCAUCUAAGACACUGGACUAUCCUUUAAACGGUAGCAGAUGUAAUGAUGUGUUUUGACCUUUACAGGCAAGUACCCAGGCUAUGAAGUAGUGUCUCCUAGAGAAAGUGAGUGGAGAGAGGGAGAGAGGGAGGAAGAGAGAAAAUCUGAGGCAAAUACCUGCAAAUCUAAAUAAAUUACCCAAAAAUUCCACCAAACCAUGAUAAACACAAAAUCGCAGCUUCGAUGCUCGAAGUUGGCACAUGCUGCUGUGUUUAUUUAACGUGGAUCCCCAUCAGGAAAGAGGAAAAAAAUACACAUAUCUUUGAUAUAAGGAAAAUUUAACACAAAUUUACACUGCAAGAAAAUUGAAGUUUACAUGAACAAACUCAUAAACGUGUUUUUCUCUUAUUCCCCGCCAUUAAUUUUGGAAUUGACGAUUUUGGUGUCAUUUUGUUUUGCUUUACUCAGCGGGGAGAAUCGCAGCCAGCUUUUGCCCCUCUCCAUUUCUGAUGUUUUUGUGUUUCCCCUCGUUCUUACUAUUUGUGAACUUUGCUUACCUUUAGAUCUUCCUUGAAUUAGUGUAACAUUUACUUGCUUCUUUAACCAAAGCUAAAUGAUUGGCUUCACACAAAAUUAACUGUCUGUGUUCAGGAAAUGUGUAUAUUCUGUUUUAUCCAAAGCAAGAAUCUAGUUUGGAAUAUAAAAAAUAAGAAUCAAGCAUAGGCUUUUGUUACUACCCACAAAGUAAACUUCAUUUUCAGGCAGUGUGUCUGGGAGAGGUUAUGGAGAGGAGAAAAAGAAAAAUCGAUAAUGAGUGACUGAUUGCUUCAUUUUAUCAGGCGGGCCCAUUGUAAAAGAGCUCAGAGGAAAUGUGGAGGUUAAAUAUAUUUCCAGAGUUGUCCAACAAAAGGAAAGUGGCACUUUGAAGAGACUAGGGAAAUAUGUAUCUUCAGAGAAAUCUGAAUAGUUCUCUCCCUUUGGUUUUAAUAACUUAGGUAUGAGGAAUUAUAUGUGCUGACAGCAGCAAUUAAACUUUAUUCAUCUAAUAGCUUUUUAAAAAAUCAAAAAGAAAAUAACCCAGGAAUUUAAUAUUGUGUGCAUAAACUGUGUUGCUUAGCACACAAACGCCACAUGCAUCCAUGUGCAGUAGACUGGUUUUUUCUUCACUAGCUCAUUGGUUUAUCACCUCAUAUUUAGGGUCCCACAACUCUCUUCUCCUGUAAUGAAUUACAGAAAAUACCAAUUUGGCUUGGACAGCUUUUAUCCCCCUGUCUUUCACUUAAAAAGCCAAAUGAAGUGGGGGAGGAAAUGCUAUUUUCAAUUCUUCCUUUCUCUCCUUUGUUAAUAGUUUUAAGUGCAUUUUUUACCUUGUCUUGAUGGAAAACUGUUAACUCCCAACACAAAAGACUCUACUGGGAAGUGUAGGUGAAAGAAAAAAAAAAAAACUUGUAACUAUAUUGAAAGUAAAUACCAUUAAACUGUGAUUAGUUAAAAUUAAAAUAAUAAUCAGCACAAAAGGACACUAAAAGGGAAGACACUUUUUUAUUAACUUUAAAGUUUGGGGCUUUUUUCUGGUUAGAUAUUAAAUAAAUGUUUAUUUUAAAGAAUUCUCACUACCAUAAAAUUAUGGUUCAGCAUCAGACUAGCAUUGCACUCAGUAGUUAAGGUUUUAGGAAAUAUGCUUUAUACAAGAUUGUCUUUUCAAACACCUGUGAUUGUUUCAUUUUCAAUGUUUUUGCAAGAUAAAUGGUGACUUAUAAUGGGCAUAUUUAUUUGCCUGUUCUUCAUUUCCCCCAGUGAAUGUCACAAGGAGAUGGACACUGAGCUGUUCGGGUGUUUCACGCUGCCAGUUCCUGAGGUGAGGGGACUGGCUUUCCGUGAAGCAAUCUGGAGCAGGGCAAAUAGCCAAUGGUAGAGGGAGGAAAUGGAUUUUCAGAUACUUAUUACCAAGUAGGUAAGGUCAGAAGCUAGAGUUCAGGGGAUGUGUCUACAGCUCCUCUCUAACUCUCGUAGGUUUACUAAGAUGAAAGUUACCACUGAACCUUACUGCUAUGUAUAUAUGUUUAAUAUCUGUCUUUUGAAAUGCAGAAAUAGUUUAAAUGUUUGUCUAUUUUUUUCUUUUUUUUAAUGCUACCCAGGGAAAUAUUUUCAUAUCAUUUUAAGUGGCCUGCCUCAAUGUAUAUUUAUUUCUUUUGAAGCAAAAGCUUCUUGAAACUGUUUUUUCUGUAGCUUUAAAUGAGUAGGUGAGCAAAAUCUAUAUGGGAUGUAAUUUUUUUGUUCAGUCUCUUUAAAAAUACUUUGUUUUGGUACAUUUGGUUGUGCUUGUGGGGAAAAUAAAAACGCAGAGAUCCUUAUAUAUUUAUGUUAAAGUAAUAUUUUAUUAUUACAUAAAACAGAAAUGCACAAUACCUUCAUAGUUUGUUCUAAUUAUUGAAAUAUCUUUAUUUUAUUUUUAAAGAUAGUGCCAAGUUUUAAGGGGAAAAAUAACCCUAGACCUUAUACUGACUGAGUUGAGUUGUGUGUAAAACAUUUCCCUUCCUUUAUAUUUCAUAAAGUUUUGGAAUAAAUUUUAUGCAUAUCCUGCCA